AUGCAUCUUACCCGGCGGCGUCCGACUAUCGAUCCCAACGACAGCUGGGUGCAUGUUACAGCAGUCGGGUCGGACAUGGACUCGAGCUGGAGAAUAAAAUCGUUGCCUAACACACCGUUUUCGACUCCUCCGGAAGAGAAAGAGCUUGAAGAUCUAUUUAGGACAGCUAAAGACAGCUCGGCCCCUCAGGCUGCCACCGUCCCCGUGCGAGGUGAUGAUCGCCCUCCUCGAGGCGAUCUCUCACAACUGAUCGGCCAGGGAUCCUGCACCCUUCCUAAACCAGGUGGACACCGCCCGGUAUACGCACUGGCGAUCUCUAUUGCUGACGCACUAGCGGUCACACACAGGAUAGCAACUGCUAUCGUCCAGCCGGAAUUUACGGUUGUGGUUAGUGCAGCGCCACCAGAACCUGUUUCCGAAGUGCCUCCACCCUCACCGCCACCUUCGCCUCCUCGACCAGAUAGACCGGCGAACUGGCCACUUCUAAGCCCAAUAAAUACGCGGGUCCCUCUACAUCCAAUUCAAGUACCACAACUGGACAAUAGUUCAGAUCCUGUCACACCUAUCUCAGACGAGCUAAAAACACCCUCAUCUACAUAUGUUCAUGGGGUCUUAGUUAGUCCAAUUCUUGAGUCUCCCAUAAGCGAGAAAAUUCAGGCCUACAUUAAUGCUUACGUAUCGACCAUCCCCAUCGAGAACAUGCGCACCCUUGAGACGAUCCUGGAGGACGAAGAUGACACCGGUGAUAGCGACGCAGAAAGUGAGCACACAAUCGUCCCAAGAGACAGGAUACUCGAUACGCCCGUUACUCAAUCUUCGAUAUACUCAUUUCACACUGCCAACGCGAGCAUUCCUACCACACCUGUUUCGUUUUUUGAGCAUGAUUGGAAAAGGAGAUGA